AUGAUCCUACGAGAGAAAAAAAAUGCUAUUAUUAAACCCAGUGCUACGAAAUUAUUUCCUUAUUUUAAAUGUAUAAAGGGAGGCUGUCAUGGAUACACUUUUACUCUUUAUCUUGACCACUGCCUUUUUUUCUUGAUUCAAGGGUUUUUUUUUAAUUUGAAAAAAGAGAAAUUCAAGGAUAUACUAGAAAAUGUGUUGAAUACCGGGGAAUUAUCCUAUUUUUUUUUUUUUUUUAUAAUCCAGCCAAGAAUUAUAAGCCCCACCAAAAAAAAAAAAAAAAGUUUUAUAAGCUAUCCUUUUCAUAACAGUGUUUGGAUAUCAUGAGGCUUCGCACAAUAACACAUAUAAAGCGUAUGUAUUUUCUUUUAAUAUUUUCUUCUUUUUUAAUAAAAAUCACUUACCCUUUUUUUUUUGAUAUAUCAUUGAAAAAAUCUUUACUUUUUUUUUCAAACAACUUGCUAAAAAUAUACAAUUAUAAAAAAAUGGGUCAAUAUAAAUGUUGUU